ACCUGUCAGGCGGGUUUGGUCAAAAUUCUGUCUUGCAAGUUCAUACUGCUCGCUCCUAUCUCUCCCGGGUGGGGAUCACUGAGGACCGAGGCCCCUGGAGGUCCAAGGCUGGCCAAGUGGCCAUGCUGGACACAGAAGGGCAGUAGAGGUCCCAGGCCUCCUCACAGCCAGUGCAGUGUGGCCAUCGUACAAGGAGUCAUGGAUAGCUUCAUGGAGUCGCUGAACAGGCUGAAGGAAGCCCAUGAGAAAGAGGUCCUGGGUCUGCAGAACAAGCUUCUAGAACUGAACUCAGAACGGUGCCGAGAUGCACAGAGAGUAGAGGAGCUCUUUGCCAAGAAUCACCAGCUCCGGGAGCAGCAGAAGGCACUGAAGGAGAACCUGCGAGUGCUGGAGAACAGGCUGCGGGCUGGCUUGUGCGAUCGAUGCAUGGUCACCCAGGAGCUGGCCAGGAAGAAGCAGCUGGAACUGGAAAAUGCACACCUGCAGAGCCUGCAGCAUCUCUGCAUCCUCACCAAUGAGAUGAAUGGGCUGAGAGAGGAAAACAAGAUCCUGAAGGAAGAAGUGAAGCGGCUUCGGAGUCUGGGAGACAAGACUGCACCACAGGCCUGGGAGGGCACCUCAGAGCCCCCGUCACCCUUGCCGCUCCCCUCCCCCAGUAGCUGGAAGGGUACCACUGAGAACCCCCCAGGAGCCCCGGAGGAGGCUGAGGAAGAGCAAUCGGGCACAGAUAAAAUAUCAAGCCACAAGACAUCCCCAGUGUCCAGAGUCUCCCCAGCUGCCAACCUGCCAGAGCCACGGGCUCUAGACAUGACCCCACAGUGCAUCUCCAACCAGCUGCAUUCAACGGUAGCCGUGGUGCGGCCUGGCUCCAGGGCCUGCCCACCAGACAGCGGUUCUGCCGAUGGGACACCCCCGCCAUCCACGAGAAGCACCCCACCCAGCCCAACGUACGAACAUGGUCUCCCUGUGGACAGCUUCUUACGGGCCUCCAGGCCAUCAGCCAUAGCCUAUGAGACCCUGAAACACUCCCUUCAGACCGAUCGCCUCUGCCUCCUGAACCGACAAUUGUCUCUGCGCCUGCAGAGCCCCCACAGUAGCCCCCUGGCUUCUGCUGUGGCUCCCCAUAGCCCCCUGCCCCGAGGCCUGAAGGCUAGAGAGGCAGAGGCAUGGGAGGAGCCUGGUGCCUUGGUGGGCAUGCAGGACCCACGGCUGGAAGGGGCAUUACACCUGCUUCUGGUCCAGCAGCACCUGCGGGCACGGGCACGGGCAAGCACUGCCAGGUUGCAGGUCCCAUCUGCACCAGAAGAGAUGCCAUCUUCCCCACCAGCGGGCUCGGAUUCUGAGGGCUCUGACAGUGAGGCCCCCAAGCCAGCUCUGAGUACAGAGGCCCAGCCUGAUGGGUGGCACCCUCAAACUACAGGCCAAGGUAGCUCCCAGAGGAAGGAGACACAUGUAGCCACUCAGGACUGCCCCCCAGACAAGCCUCUGGACCUCUCUGACCGAGGACGGUGUCGGGACAUCUCCAAGUCAACUGGCCAACCUUUGCCACUCAGCCCUAAAAUUGUCUACACUCCCAGCCCCCAGCUGCCCACCUUGUCCAGACCCCUGGUUCCCAGCUCCCAUACUCUCAGUAAUGUCAGCACAGAGACCAGAGCUCAGGAGUCUGAAGAAUACUCUACUCCCAAGGAUACCUCACACCCUCUCCCAGGAGUCUGUAUGGGCCUGACCUCUCCUGGAAGGACUGCAGAGGAGGCUGGAGGAAGGCCACAGCCAGGACCUCACCUGCAGAGGCCUGACACUGGUGGGACCACAGAGCCAAAGAAGGUCAGAGCACAAAGGCUAGCCCUGGAGCAACUGGAGGAGUCAGACACAUCAGACACCAAGGCGGGCCUGAUUUCUGAGGCAAGUGCAGAGCCAAGCAUGCCAGGGGUGGGGCAUGCUGAAGACCACCAACAGAGUCAGCAACAGAAGAGGAAGCGGGCCUCAGACCUGCAGGACAAAGCCCCCAAGAAGCCAUCCCAAGGGAAGAGGAAACCGAAGGAACCCCUGACACCGGCGGAAGGUCCCAGGAGCCCAAAGGAGGACUUCAGCCUCUCCCCCAUUAACAGCUGUCGGGAGACCUAACUCUCCAGACUGAGGGACACUGCAUUUGCCCAGAGGUAGCUGUCACAGACUGUUGCCUGCACAAGUCAAGCCACACGACCUGAAGAUAGCUCGGAAUAGUCAAUGCCCAUAAGCUCCGCCUACAUCCAGAGGGGCUGGCCAGCCAAGUCUCUUCUCAGGUUUCUGGGAAGCUCCUCCCAUCUGAAGGCAGGGCGGGGAAUAGGGGAGCCUCAGCCUAGCCCUGCUUCUUUUUCUGGGCAAGGUCCCCACCUCCAGAGGAGAUGGAGGUCCCAGACUUUUCCAGGCUAGGAAGGACGCUUCAGUCAGCGCGGUCUCAGGCGCCCCCUUGUGGAGUCUUGGCAGAUGCAACCAAGACUAAGAAUUAAGAAUCAGCCCUGAACCACUAGAUCCUGAUGGUAUUGAAGAAACUUAGGGAAAUACCUGUGUAUGAAGUUUAAGAGCUGCCAUUUCCAGGGCAAAAACAGGCACUGUUGGCAAAGCACCAGUCAGGGUCCAGUGUGGGGAAAUAAGGGAGAAAGAAGCUGCCUUGGGGAGGUCAAGGAAGGUGGCACCUGAAGCUUAGAUUUGGGUUUUGAGGGUUGAAUAGAAGUGUGCCAAGCAGGCAAAGUUCCUAGCAUGCUCUUAUAAGCAUCUAAAUAUGUGCCAAAAGGUCAGGGUGAAAGCCAAGGAGAACUCACUUGACCAUAACUGAGUGAGGAAGGCUGGAGCUGGCCAAACCAGGUAGAAGGACUACAGCAUAAAAGGGAACUGUGGGUAUAAUUGUAAGAGCCUGAAACUUCCAGAACUGGAGAAACUGUCACUGGGACUGGGUGAGGCCUGGGCUUAACAGAGUACCAUUCUCUACUGAGCACACCUGAGAGGCCCGAAGGACAAAAUUCCAAGGGACAGCCAGGUGUGUGUGUGUGUGUGUGUGUGUGUGUGUGUGUGUGUGUGUGUGUUCAAUCAGUUACAAGAUUCUUCAGCUUUUUCAAAUUUGAAUAAAACACAAGCUGUAUGUUUUAUCCAC